AUGAAUCAAGGACCAGGACUGGCUGUGCUACGUUCGCCACAGUUCCAGCUGGCACGUCCGAUUGAACUACAAAUUGAGAUUUAUCAGUCCACAUUUGGCUCACAAACUUUCUUGUGUGGUGAUGAUUUCACAAAUUUGUAUGACUGCCGGCCUUUGUUGGGCCCAAAAAUAGUACUUCCAAGAACGGCAAAAGUAAACAUACACCUCGACCAAGAAGCUGAAAAUUUCACGAUUGUUGCUGUACAUGACAAAUUUGCGCAGUUUGGUGCGGCGACAUUUAUUAUUUCGAAUAUCAAAGUUUUGGAUGAAGAUGGAAGGCCGCUGUGUUGA